GAAAGCUUAAACCUUUCUGGGUUUUUCUUUAACUAUGGCUGCUAAUUGGACAAGGGUUAGUUUCUUCUUCUUAGCUCUGGUAAUGACGGUGGCGAUUCUUGCUCCUUCUGUCGUCUCCGGCGGAAAUGGUUUUUCCGAUCUUAAAAUCCGUACUCACUUGAAACGACUCAACAAGCCAGCUCUCAAAUCGAUUAAGAGCCCAGAUGGAGAUAUAAUUGACUGUGUUCCAAUCACUGACCAACCAGCUUUUGCUCAUCCUCUGCUCAUUAAUCACACUGUCCAGAUGUGGCCAAGUUUUAACCCAGAAAGUGUUUUUAGUGAGAGUAAAGUUUCAUCAAAAACCAAGAAUCAGCAGUCUAAUUCUAUAAAGCAGCUUUGGCAUGUGAAUGGGAAAUGUCCAGUGAACACAAUUCCCAUCAGAAGAACGACAAGGCAAGAUCUUUAUCGAGCAAAUUCCGUUGAGAAUUACGGUAUGAAGAAUCAGAAAAGUAUCCCUAAACCUAAAUCUUCUGAGCCACCUAAUGUCCUUACACAAAAUGGUCAUCAGCACGCUAUAAUGUAUGUCGAAGAUGGGAUUUUCUACGGGGCUAAAGCGAAGAUAAAUGUAUGGAAGCCGGAUGUCGAAAUGCCUAAUGAGUUUAGCUUGGCUCAGAUUUGGGUUUUGGGUGGAAAUUUUAACUCUGAUCUUAAUAGUAUUGAAGCUGGUUGGCAGGUCAGCCCACAAUUGUAUGGUGAUAACCGGACCAGACUCUUCACUUAUUGGACUAGUGAUGCAUACCAAGGCACAGGCUGCUAUAAUCAUCUGUGCUCAGGAUUUGUUCAAAUUAAUAGGGAAAUCGCAAUGGGGGGAUCGAUCUCUCCUUUAUCGAACUACGGAAACUCUCAGUAUGACAUUACCAUACUCAUCUGGAAGGACCCAAAAGAAGGACAUUGGUGGUUACAAUUUGGAGAGAAAUACAUAAUCGGAUACUGGCCAGCUUCACUCUUCUCUUACUUAUCAGAAAGUGCAUCGAUGAUCGAAUGGGGAGGCGAAGUGGUUAACUCGCAGUCUGAGGAAGGACAACACACGACCACUCAGAUGGGAAGUGGGAGGUUUGCAGAGGAAGGUUGGGGAAAAGCAAGUUACUUCAAGAACGUUCAAGUAGUUGAUGGAUCGAAUGAACUGAGAAACCCGGAAAAUCUUCAAGUCUUUACUGAUCAAGAGAACUGUUACAAUGUGAAAAGUGGGAAUGGAGGUUCUUGGGGAAGUUACUUCUACUAUGGUGGUCCUGUAGCUGUGAUGGUGACAGCAGCGAUAUUCGCCAUUUGUGUUGAUGGAAACGAGUUCCUUGAUCACCGCGAAAUUAAAGAAUUUCGACAUUUGAAACGGUUCAACAAGCCUACUGUUAAAUCCAUUAAGAGUGAAGAUGGAGAUGUAAUAGAUUGUGUUCCUAUCACUAAUCAACCGGCUUUUGAUCAUCCUUUACUUAAAAAUCAUACCAUCCAGAUGAGACCGAGUUUCUACCCGGUAAGUGAUUCUACGUACACCAAGAGAGAGGCAAAGGCUAUAACUCAGUACGCGUUAAUGGGUGUGAGGAAUGGAAAAUUUUAUGGGACAGAAGCUACAAUAAAUCUGUGGAAACCAAAUGUCCAAAUUCUUAAAGAAUUUAGUUUGGCUCAGACUUGGGUUGUGUCAGGAAAUGGCUCUAGUCUAAAUACCAUUGAAGCUGGUUGGCAGGUUCACGACAAGUUGGGAAUCCCUUCUUUCCAUUCUCACGGUCUCAACUACUCCACGUCUUCACUGUUUCGUCUUGCGCGCGAUGGAUACAGAAAAACAGGGUGCUACAACCUUCUUUGCUCAGGUUUUGUUCAGACGAGUAAUCGGUACACUGUUGGUGGAUCGAUCACCACCAUAUCACGCUACCGUGGAACUCAAUACGAUCUCUCCAUACUUUAUAUGGAAGGAAACUGGUGGCUUAGGGUCAAUGAAAAGGACGUUAUUGGGUACUGGCCAGGCUCUUUGUUCAGUUCUCUAGGAAGAGAAACUACCAGAGUUGAAUGGGGAGGCGAAAUCAUUAACUCGAGGACUGGUGGGAGACACACAACCACAGAUAUGGGAAGUGGGCAUUUUGCAGACGAAGGUUUUAAGAAAGCAAGUUAUUUCAGGAAUCUUAAGAUAGUUGAUGGAACCAAUACUCUUAGAGAACCACAAGGACUUUACUUGUUUGCUGAUAAACAUAACUGUUACAAUAUUAAGACAGGAAAUGGUGGAACUUCUUGGGGGACUUAUUUCUUCUAUGGUGGUCCUGGUCGAAACGUUAAAUGUCCUUGAUGAUCUGUGUGUUCAAAGCUUUUGAGAUUUUCACUCUGUAUUUGAAUAAGAACAUUUGAUAGUC